AUGGAUAACCUAAGUAUCUUUGUUGGAGUUUUAGCUAACUUCAUUUCUGUUUUGGUCAUUCUGUCACCCAUAGAGACUUUCCGUCGAAUAGUGAAGAACAAAUCGACUGGAGAAUUCGAAUGUCUUCCCUACAUUUGCACUUUGUUGAAUACCCUGUUAUGGACUUAUUAUGGAGUUACAAAACCCGGUGCUUAUCUUGUCGCCACCGUCAAUGCUUUUGGAGUUGUUGUUGAAACCACAUAUAUCAUACUGUUUCUCAGAUAUGCAUCACGAAAAGUGAAGUGUAAAACGGCACAGUUGGUGGUGAGUUUAGACAUAAUUUCGUUUGCCGCUGCGGUGUUGAUCACCCAUUUUGCACUGGACGGUGAUGCAAAGAUCAAUGCAAUAGGAUUCUUGGGUGCCGGACUAAAUAUCGUCAUGUAUGGUUCACCUCUGGCAGCAAUGAGAACGGUGGUGACGACUAAAAGCGUGGAGUAUAUGCCGUUCUUGCUCUCAUUUUUCCUUUUCUUGAAUGGUGAAGUUUGGUUCUUCCAUGCGGUUCUCGUAGGAGAUCCUUUCGUUGGAGUACCAAAUGGGAUCGGAUUCAUUUUCGGAAUAGUUCAGUUGUCUCUUUAUGCACGUUACAGAAGUUCUACCAGUUCGUCUUCAUCGGUCGCCUCACCAACCGACCCCUUACUUCUUCCAUCGCCAUUGCCGGCGACCUUUUGAUAAUCAUCCUUAUGUGUUAAAGGCUCAGGCAAACUCCGGCGAUAAGUACAUAGAGCGCACUGUUAAUACAAACACACACGACAAUCAACCGCAACUCGUUGACAUAUAGAGUUGCAUAUAUGUCAAAUUAAACGCCAUUCGUCCUUCAACAAAAGCUAUUUAUUUCCUGCUUUGAAUUGAUUUUAUUCUGCAAGUGUAUAGUUUUAUAUUUGAAUGUGCAUUGUAAUUUAAUUUGUUAUCUGUUGCAUGACGUGUCACCA